GAGAGAGAGAGAGAGAGAGAGAGAGGUUAGUGUGUGUGGAUACAUGUAACGACACAGAAGCGCCACGCAGAGACUCGGAGAUGCGGCGGAAGCAGAAGAGGCUGCUGCAGGUCGCGCUGCUGCUGCUGCUGGUGUUUCUGUUGCUGCCGAGCGUCGGCUUGUGGUCCGCGUCUCUGGAGCGAAUGUUGGACAGCUCUGCGGACGCCGCCGGACUCUCGCACCUACAGAGAAUAAACAGACACAAAGUGGAGAACGACGGCGUUCGGAAGAAGGACUGGCAUGACUAUGCACUGAUGAAGAGUGAAGCAGCAUGUUCAGGUGUCGGUGAGCAGGGCAGGCCGUAUCCGCUGACCGACUCGGACCGUGUGGACCAGGCCUACAGGGAGAAUGGAUUCAACAUAUUCGUCAGCAAUCGCAUCGCCCUCAACAGAUCCCUGCCUGACAUCAGACACCCGAACUGUAAGACGAAGCUGUACACAGAAGAUCUUCCCAACACCAGCAUCAUCAUCCCCUUCCAUAACGAGGGCUGGUCGUCUCUGCUGCGCACCGUUCACAGCAUCCUCAACCGCUCGCCACCGCAGCUCAUUGCCGAGAUCAUCCUUGUGGACGACUUCAGCGACAAAGAGCAUCUGAAGGCUCCUCUGGAGGAGUACAUGGUGCAGCUGCCGAAGGUUCGAAUCCUGCGCGCUAAGAAGCGUGAGGGUCUGAUCAGGACCAGACUGCUGGGCGCCGCGGCUGCGAAGGGUCAGGUCAUCACGUUCCUGGACUCACACUGCGAGGCCAAUGUCAACUGGCUGCCGCCGUUACUGGAUCGCAUCGCAGAGAACCGGAAAACGAUCGUGUGUCCGAUGAUUGAUGUGAUCGACCACGAUAACUUCGGCUACGAGACACAGGCCGGCGAUGCGAUGCGAGGGGCUUUCGACUGGGAGAUGUACUACAAAUUUUUACUUUUUAGUUUGAGCCGUGUUUCUGUCUCCUCGGUAAGGUCUCCUGUGAUGGCAGGCGGUCUCUUCGCUGUGGACAGGAAGUGGUUCUGGGAGCUGGGAGGAUAUGACACGGGUCUGGAGAUCUGGGGAGGAGAGCAGUACGAGAUCUCCUUCAAGGUGUGGAUGUGUGGCGGUCGUAUGGAGGACGUUCCCUGCUCUCGAGUCGGUCACAUCUAUAGGAAAUACAUGCCCUAUAAAGUGCCAGGCGGAGUGAGUCUCGCCAGGAAUCUGAAGCGUGUGGCUGAAGUGUGGAUGGACGAGUAUGCAGAGUUUAUCUACCAGCGGCGGCCGGAGUACCGGCACCUGUCCGCCGGAGACGUGUCCACGCAGAAGCAGCUGAGGAGCCGGCUGAGCUGCAGGAGCUUCCGCUGGUUCAUGACGGAGGUGGCCUGGGAUCUGGCCAAACACUAUCCUCCGGUGGAGCCUCCGGCCGCUGCGUGGGGAGAGCUGCGUAACGUCGGCUCCGGUCUCUGCAUGGAGAGCAAACACUUCUCCUCUGGCUCCCCGAUGCGUCUGGAGAAGUGUCUGAAGGGACGAGGCGAGUCGACCUGGAGUCACGGUCAGGUCUUUACGUUCGGAUGGAGAGAAGACAUACGGGUGGGAGACCCGCUGCACACUAAGAAGGUCUGCUUCGACGCCGUGUCUCACAACAGCCCCGUGACGCUCUACGACUGCCACGGGAUGAAGGGGAACCAGCUGUGGGCCUACAGGAAGGAUAAGAGCCUCUAUCACCCCAUCAGUAACAGCUGUGUUGACUCUGAUGCUGCACAGAAGCGGAUCUUCAUGAACUCCUGCGAUCCCUCGUCUCUCAGCCAGCGGUGGCUCUUCCAGAACACCAACGCCACGGUCUUAGACUCCUUCAACAGCAAUCUCAACGAGUGACGCUGCAGCCGUGAACACGCCAGAGAUGCAGCUCCUGUGCCUUUACUGAACUGAUCGUCUGAAACAGCUGCGCUCUGUCCUUCUGUCCACACUCCCUUCAUCAUCAUCAUCAUCAUCAUCACCAGCAGCAGUCUUUGACUCAGACUCUCCAGACUUCGCUGUGUGUCUGAGGAGAAUCUCAGAGAUGAGUUGUGAUUGUGCAUCUGUUCAUUCAUCUUCCCGUCUCUGACUCUUGUGUGCGGUUCACAGACGUCACAGCCGUCGGGUGUCUUGCAAACUCUGUCAGAUCUUCCUACAGAAACGCCGGUCUGAUGCUGUCCCUCGUAAACACUGACAGCGUUAUUUAUUUGACUGCUCCAUUCCACAGAUUCAUUGGGUUCAUCAUGAAUGAUGAAACGGCAGCCUUUACUGAGUGCUGUUUUUUAAAACUUGAUUUAAUUAUCCAACUUCUCUUGUUUUUUCAUUUUAGAGGACAUGAUAUUUUAAUACAAAGACCCUGUUGGCUAAAAUCAUGCCAUCAUUCAGAAGCUGUUAUAUUCUGUUCGGUUUGUCCGUGGGGAAAUCUCAAAUAAUCAAUCCUGUUAUGAUUUUGUACUGUACACCAGCAUGCAGUUGAUUAAGAAUUACUUUAAAACUCUCACAGCAGAAGACUCGACUGUGUUCUACUGGAUUAUGUGAUCAGUUGCACUUCAUGAUGUUUUAUUUCCACCGUCUGUCUGUGAUUUAACAGCUGUUUCUCAGUAACCGCUCGCACCCAAAGACAGAUCCGUGAAUGAUCUCCAGUUUCUAAUGCACUGAAUCCAGUCGAAGCACACCGAAGUCUAGUUUUCUACAUUCAGAGCGUUUUUACCAUUUGAAGACUUUUACAGAUUAUCUGCCAAGCACUUUGAAAUGUUUCUUUGAUCCGAAGCUGUGUUAAAGUCGAUCUCUCCAGCACUUUCAGACGUUUCUUUGUCCAGAGCCUAUUUUCGAGUAUUAACGGUUUUGUAAUUUCUGUCGAUUCUGAAGAAUUCAUAAUGAAUUAUUGUGUCUGCUGGACCGCUGUGUCAGACACGUGUUUAAUACUGGACUCGCUCUUGAGCUGAAAUGUUUGGUUUGUUAUUGCUUUGAUGAAUUUCCAGACUGUGUGUGGAAUAUGAUGAGAUGAUUGACAGCUAAUAAGUCUUGGGUUGAUGGGGAAUGCUAGUAUUUUUACACCGGUUUGUCGGUACUGAUGCAUUAAAAUUGUUCUGCCACCAUUUAAAUUGCUCAUCGUAAAUUAUUAAUAAUGCACAGAAAAAUGUGUAGUCUGUUCUGUUCUGUUAUUUUUCUUUUCGUUUUUACCAAUAAUAUUAUGCUGUCAUAGAAAAACCAU